AUGGCUUCUUCUUCUACUUCAACCCUUACCCCUCCCAAGAAAUAUGACGUCUUCCUUAGUUUCAGAGAAGAAGACACUCGUUGUGGUUUUACCAGCUACCUCUAUGAUGCUUUGAAGCGGAAACAAAUCCUAACCUUCAUAGACAAUGAGCUUGUGAGAGGAGACGAAAUUUCGCCUUCACUUUUGAAAGCAAUGGAAGAGUCCAAGCUUUUUGUGAUUAUUUUUUCUGAAAACUAUGCAUCUUCAAAAUGGUGCUUAGAGGAGCUUGUUCAGAUUCUUGAAUGUAGAAACAAUAACGGACAGAUAGUUGUUCCUGUUUUCUACUUCGUUGAUCCGUCUCAUGUUAGAAAUCAAACAGGAAGCUUUGGAGAUGAAUUUGCUAGACUAAUAGAGGAGAAAGCUUUGGCCAUGGACAACGUGCAGAGCUUCAGAAGCGCUUUAAAGGAUGCGGCCAAUCUAUCAAGGCGGGGCUUAGGGAAGUCUGAGUUGCAGUCUGAAUUUGUCCAGAAAAUUGUGAGAGAUAUUUUGAACAAAUUGUCAGAGAUGCCCUCAAGUCACACUAUGGAUCUAGUUGGAAUUGAAGCACGCCUUGCUGAAAUUGAUUCCUUGUUAAACAUGGAAUCGCAAGAUGUUUCCCUUGUAGGAAUAUGGGGAAUGGGUGGUAUUGGGAAGACAACGAUUGCUGAAGCUAUAUGGACCAAUAUCCACACUCAAUUUGAAGGAACUUUUUUGCAAACUUUAGGGAAGAAUUAA